GGGAAGGGAUAAAUGCAUGCAAAGGGGGACGAGACUGGAGGGCUGCUUGAAACUCUGCUGCAAGUCUACAGAUGGAGGGCGGACCGUGUUAUUCACUCUAAGUUCCUUUUUUUCCCCCUUUCCCUCCCCAGCAUGUCUGGUUUUUGUCUCUAGGAGAGGGGACACAGGCUGAUGCCGAGAGAGAGAGAAAAAAAAGCACUUAUAAAAAGUACUUGGGAGCCUUUUGCAGUAGUGGGCCACUGAGACCGUGUUGUGCUUAUGCUGGGCACAAUUCGUUUGCAUCGAUUUUUUUUUUACCACACUGAAGGAAGAGAGAGAGGGAAAUCAGACACUUAAAAAGGCUCUGGAAGUUCAACUUUGUGUUUCAUAUUUGGCCAAAGUGGACUGAGUUUAUACUGCACAUCAGAGGAGUGAAAAAAAAAACCCUCAACUCACACGCUGGGAGAAAAGAGCUGAGUUUGCUUUUAAGUGCGCCGAGAAGAGAGGCGACAUGGUGCAGAAGAUGAGCCACAUGGAGAGCACCGCGGAGGCGCUUUCUUCCUUCUUCAGCGGGGACUCGAGCUCCGGGGCGAGCAUGGAUCUAGACCCCGCCGACUCGCCCCUCUCCCCGGGCUCCACAGCCUCUUCGACCGCCGGGGACAAGCUGGGCGACAACCCGGCGUGGUGUAAAACCCCGAGCGGCCACAUUAAGAGACCCAUGAACGCGUUCAUGGUGUGGUCCCAGAUCGAGAGGAGGAAGAUCAUGGAGCAGUCUCCCGAUAUGCACAACGCCGAGAUUUCGAAACGGCUGGGGAAGCGGUGGAAGCUGCUCAGAGACGGCGACAAGAUCCCCUUCAUCCAGCAGGCGGAGCGGCUCAGGCUCAAGCACAUGGCGGACUACCCCGACUACAAGUACCGGCCCAGGAAGAAGGUCAAAUCGAGCGCCAAGCCGGGAAGUGGCGGCGAAAAGGGGGAAAAGGUCAACGGGAGCUCGAGCAACACCACCAGCAUGAAGUCGUCGUCAUCCUCGAGGAAGAGCGGCCUCAAAUCGCCCAGCAGCAAAGCCCACAAAACGCCUUCGGGGAGCAGCAGAAGCUCACAGUCGGCCUCGGAGCAGCCGCCGGAUCACCACGGCCAGCUGCUCUACAAGUCCAAGUCGGUGGCGUCCACCGCCAAGCGGGUACCGGAGGCCAAGAGAGCCAAGCGGGUGUACCACGUUUACGGGGGCGGCUUGAGCGUCAGCCCCGCGUCGUCGGUCACGGUCCCGGCCAGUCCCACGCUCAGCAACUCGGCGGACUCCAGCGAGCCGCUCAGCCUGUACGAGGACGUGUCCAGCGGCAGGGAGGAUGGGAGCGAAUCCCCGGGCGGAGGCAGCGGAAGCAGCGGCAGCCCGGGCGGCUCGUCGGAGCGUCACGGCGGGCAAACGCACAGCAGUCGGCGGCCUUCGUCGCCCACACCCUCCGGCUCCCACUGCUCCGCCUCCUCGUCGUCGUCGUCCUCCUCCUCCUCCUCCUCCUCCUCGGAGGACGAAGAGUUUGAGGACGACUUGCUCGACAUGAACCCAAGCCCCAACUUCGACAGCAUGUCGCUGGGCAGCUUUAGCUCCUCGGUGCUGGACAGGGACUUGGAUUUGAACUUUGAGUCCGGCUCCGGGGGCUCCCACUUCGAGUUCCCCGACUACUGCACGCCCGAAGUCAGCGAAAUGAUUUCCGGGGACUGGCUGGAGUCCACCAUUUCCAACCUGGUCUUCACGUACUGACACCAAAGUGGCCACAAGCGACGACCACACACGGAGCCCCGGGUACCGGACGCGAGCGGCUCGGGGGGCAGCUCCUGCUUUGUCUCCGAACUCCCAGAGCAGUUGGGACCCGUUCAAAACUAGCGCCAUGGCGGAAAAAGCCCUUUUUGGUGGGCUACUUGGCUUUGAAUGUGCGGACCGCGGAGGAGCGGGGGGGCUGCAAAACAGGAGAGAAGCCGACAAAUGUGACACUGCUUGGGUUUCCUGUUGAACAAGACGCUCGGUGGUGAACCGGUUGACCCGAACAACUUUACUGUGAUUGAUUUGCACGUUACGCGGUCCACCGUUCACUUAAUCAAUGUUGUUGCUGAUUAUUUUUCAAAGGGACAUUUGACACUUUUUUUUUUUUUUUUUAAAUUUUUUAAUUUUUUUUAACAGAUUUGCCAAGUGAAUUUCACCACUAAAAAGGUACAUAACUCGGACUCCUUGCGACAUUGUUACUGCCGUGUGCUCACAGAGGGAUUUUGUAUGAAACCGAGGUGGGUUGAUUAUUAUUGUUUUUUUUUUUUUUGGUUUUUUCAAGUUUGACAUCUCAAAAGCAAAAAAAACUUUGAAGCAUGAUAGCCUACUUUGUUCCUAUCUUGUGCUGACAUCUAAUGUGAGACUGGCAAGCAGUUACAAAUAGUAGCUACAGUAUUAGGGUUAUUUAAAUGUACAGAGCCUCUCUUUUGUAAUUUAAAAAAUAAAUAAAUAAACAUUUUUUUGUGGGGUGGGAUUAAACGACACUGAAAUAAUCACCAGCUGUUUUAAUAUUUCAGACUUCAGGAUUCAAAUGCAACUACAAAUCAGUGCUGAACUUUAUACACGUUCUCUACUCUUCAGGACCAAAAUUGUUUAUCAUUUCAGAUAAUAGCCUAUAGAAAAUUUUUGUUUUCAUGCGCAGAGCUUUGUUUUGUACAUGUAUUGACAUGCCAUUUCAUAUGGGUUGUUGUAUUUAUAUACUGGGCCAAGCAGUUUGGACUUUUUAAUUUCAUGUUAAGUCUUGUUUUUGUGUUCUCAUCCAAUUAUUUGUCAUUCUGUCACAUUUUCUUCUCAGGCGAAGGGCUAGAGUUUUAAAAACACAACUUUGAUUCCAUUUUUUAAAUAUUUAAAUGUACACAUUUUUGGACACUUAAAAUAUAGGAAACAGUUUGAUUAUUUUCUCAGUGUAUUUUUGUACAAAUCUAUAUGGAGCAGGAGGAGUCAACCAUCGAUGUGUGUAGCCUAGUUAUUCAGCUACAUUUGGUUUCCUGAUGUUGAACCCCUUAGAUGACUGGUUUAAGUGCUGUUGGAAAGCUCAUUAUUGUUCAUGUUGAUUGCCUGCUGAAACGUCUUUGCGGUGGCAAGCAACAAAACGAGCAUAUUACACUGUGGUGGUCAAUGUGAAGUCUUGCUCAGCUGCAUUUGGCUGUUUUCACAGAGCAGUUCUUCUGAUCAGUUAUUGAACUCUAAUGGAGCAUGAAUUUGGCUAAUUUUACCACAUUAUCACCAGCAAGACUCUUGAUUUAAAAAAAAAUACUGUUUUUUUUAAACCAAUCUGAUAUUGUUGUUUUUUGUUGAACCACGCAGGCAUACACGUAAUGUUUUUUUUUUUUCUCCCCCAAGAGCCCUUGAACACAGCACCAGUCUUUGUGUCAGACUACCUUCUACAGUUUACAGUGCCAGUCGACAGGCUUCUUUAAGACACACAAAGUGAUGAUUGCCAGAGGCUAUUCCUGUGGAGCAUGUGGUUUUAACAGUCAGCCUCUGAAGCAGCCACUCCUUUUUUAUUAUUCUCAUUCUCUCUGAUAUAUUGCCUCCAACAACACGUGCGGAGAUUGUAGCUUUAAAAUUGACUUAUUUCUUGAUGUUUUCAUGAACUGAUGUCAAACUCAUCCACCAGCCACUGGAUCGAAUAGGCUAUCUUUUUAGACAACAAACAACAAAGAAGACAACAUCAAGCAUAUUCAAAUUUCUGACUUGAGUUCCGCAACAUCUACUUGUACUGCGUUUCUCAUUGUGUUUGAAUAUAUAAUCUUUUCUACUUGUUGGCUAACUAUUAGAUAAUUGUUUAGUACGUUUAUGGCAUGGUGAAUAGCAUUUGUAUUUCGGAUUCAGGUUACCUAGCUGUUGUGUUUUUUCAGAAAAAAAAUGGGAAAAAUGAAACUUAAUCUUUGUGUAUUUGACUGUACCAUAAAGCAAAAAGAUUGUGUGUUUAUGUAUGUUGUUGCCAUCAAGGACAGGCACUGUCUAGAAUGACUAUCUUUUCCACAUCCUUACUUUUAAGGUGGUCAGUUCAGGACUUUUUAUAUCUAUAUAUAUAUAUAUAUAUAUAUAUACAUAUAUAUAUAUAAAUAAAAGCGUUUUUAAGUAUAUUAACUUUAUUUUUCAUCCAUCCUGUGCAAUAUGCUGUGUAGAAUUAUCAUGUAUUGUCUCUAAUCAUGCCAUAAACAAAGGAACCACCUUUUUUUUUUGAGACUCAGAGAAAGGGAGGAGAACUCAUGCCAGCUAAAUUGUGUCCAUUCACUGCCUGUCAGAUUGUUGAUAUAAACUUGUGUACAGAACUUUUUCAAGGAAGGAAAAUAAAUAUCAGCUGGAACUGAA